UGAUAAUUAAAUAAUUGAAUUACUGAGUAAAUAAUGUUUCAACCAUACUUUUUAUGGAAAUCAUAGAAGUCAAUUCAUUAAAUUUAGAUUACAACAUUUAUAUGGUUUAAUGUUAAACAUAACUAGAAACAAAAUCGUUGAAAACUUGAACAAUUCAAACUCUAUUAUUAUUAAAAGUAACUUUAUAAUGUCAGAGUUGAAAUUUUGCUCAAAGUGUAAACAAUGCAUCAAAGAAAGUCAUUACUUAUUAGCUGAUUGUCAAUACUGGCAUGAAGAUUGUCUACGUUGUGUAUGCUGUGAUGCUAGAUUAGCUGAAUUAGAUAAAAUUUUCUACAUUAAAGCUAGGAUGUCAUUAUGUCGAAGAGAUUAUCUAAGAUUGUAUGGUAAAACGGGUGAAUGUUCCAUCUGUCAGAAACAAGUACAAUCAUAUGAAUUUGUUAUGAAGAUAAAAAAUAGUGUUUAUCAUUUAUCUUGUUUUUGUUGUCAAUAUUGUCAAAUGAGGUUUUGCAUUGGAGAUCGUUUUUAUCUACAUGAAAACAUUAUUUUAUGUGAACAUGAUUACAUGGAAUUAUUUCCACACAUUUCUACACGUGAUAUUGAUCUGCCUCAUCCAGAAAAAAGAAAUAUUAUUUGUUAUAAAGCUACUGCUAACUCGUGUUUUUGUUCAAAUGAAAUACUUUCAAGACAAAAUUGCACUGAUGUUGGAGAUGAUGAAGAUUAUGAUGAUGAAAAUAACCAAAAAUAUCAAAUGAAUCUCAACUAUUCACAAUGUAUUGCUUCAUAUAUUCAACUAUUUACAAAGUGUAAAACACGCAUUACUGCUGAACAAAGUUCUUGUGACAAUAAAUUAAUUAGGAAUACAGAUAACAGAUUAUGUUCUUUAUUAAAUCCAUUUGAUUUAAACUUUCAUGAUUCCACAACAAUAUUAGAUGACCGUUCAAGUGGUUAUGGUUCACCCAGUUCACCGGGAAUAGCUUCCAUGAUAAGAUUUGAAUUUCAAUGAGAGAUAUUCUAAUAGUAUUCAGUCUUCUAAUAGACCGAUAUGUUGACAGUUGUUGAACAUUUACUUGGGAUAUGUUUAAACAAAUCAAAAUUUUCAGGAAAUAAAUGAAAAUAUGGAAGCGUUUAUGAUUCUUUAGAUAUAACUAAUUAAACAAAAAAAGCAAAUGGAUAUUAAAACAAUUUCUUCUUAAACUACCAUAUUAGAGAACUAAAUGAUCUAAAGAAGAACAGAUCGUAUUAUCAAAUGCAUUGUACAUUAAGUACUAUAUAUCAUAAAUAAAUUAUUUAUCCCAACAUACUUUUAAUGUUUCCUAAAAUCAUAAUUUGUGUAAAAAUUAUUAUUAAAAAUCAAACCUUUCAAUCAAAAUAUCAAGAGUUAUUCUUCCAUUGUUCAAGCGUACAUCAUACAACAAGUCAACUUUUGGCCUGAAUAAAGUAUGACUAUUUAGCUUGUGGAAUUAAAGAAGUAAUCAGUCUCGUCAGUAAUUAUUCUACUGUAUCAUUAAUGGUACUAAAGAGAAAGGAUAUCUUUUCUUUUAUGUGUAUCUAGAUCCGAUUAAAGCGAU